AUGUAUGCCCACAGCACUAGGUCACACAUCCCUCAGCCACCGCAUAGCGCCGGGACGCCGUACAAAGGCCUGCGCGCGGCCAUAGACCCGAAUCAGAUCCCCUCGCCCAUCGACACCAUAGAGGCUGACAAGGAGAAAUGGGAGGAACAGGCGUAUAUGACUCUGCCAGGGAAGCACCCUCCCCUGUCCACAACGGACUUUGUGGCCAUUGACCAAGGCAAUACCUCUCCAAGAUACAUUCGUAUGUCGACAUGGAACUUGCCUAGUUCUUCCAGACUAGCGUCGGAUUGCGAGAUUCCCCUUGCUGCCGUCAUCCAGCCAUUCGCCGACCAGGACCCGAGAGAAGAGCCUGUACCUUUGGUAGAGACAGGUGAUAUUGGCCCUGCGCGAUGUGAGCGUUGUAGAGGAUAUAUCAAUCCAUGGUGCACCUGGGGUGCGAACGGGACGAGAUGGAGGUGCAAUCUGUGUGGUCACGAAUCAGAAGUCGCACCGGAGUACUUCUGUAAUCUCGACGCAAACAUGCUUCGGCUUGACCAUCUGCAACGACCGGAACUGAACAAGGGUACUGUCGACUUCGCUGUUCCUCAGGAGUACUGGACACCUCAUCCUCCCCCCACGAUUCGACCCCUCUACUAUUCUAUGCUGCCUGAGCCUUCUACUAGCCGACGAUCUCCAACUCAUAUGGACUAUGUCUUUGCCUUUGACGUCUCUCAAGAAGCGGUCCGCUCAGGGUUUCUACAGACGGCCUGCACCGUGCUAAUCGAAUUGCUCUACGGACGUGACGAUACCAUUCCACCAUGCUUUCCUCCUUCAAGUCGCGUUGCUAUCCUGACUUUUGAUAGGGCAUUACAGUUCUAUGACCUUUCUUCAGCCAUAGACGGACAGUCCCCCAUGCUAGUCGUUCCGGAUGUUGACGAGGUAUUCCUACCCUCGAUUGAGGGAUUAUUUGUCAACCCAGUCGAGUCCAGGGACGCAAUCUAUAAUCUCCUUUCCGCUUUGCCCUCACGACACGAGCAAAUCUUCGAGAUAGAAAGCGCUCUUGGUUCUGCCUUGUCAGCCAGUCUUGCUGCUCUUGCCGGCCGAGGCGGUCAAGUCGUAGCUUUCGCCGCAACACUCCCCAUGAUAGGCGUUGGAGCCCUGCAGCCUCUUCAAGACGAAUCUACUCUUUACGGCACGGAAAAGGAGCGGACACUGUUCGAGCCUCGCGACGAGUCAUGGAAAGACCUCGGCGAACAAUGUGCCUCGGAGGGGAUUGGUGUGAACCUCUUCCUUGGGAUGAGCCGUCCGAUAGAUAUCGCUUCUAUAGGCCUAGUGGCGACCCUGAGCGGCGGAGACAUGUACUUUCAUCCGAGAUUCGAUGCCGGUCGAGACGGACUGGUGCUGUCAUCGCAGUUCAGACGUCUGGUUUCUCGUGCAACUGUUUAUUCAUGCUCAAUGCGGGUGCGGACUUCUGUCGGUCUUCGGGUGGGGUCGCAAUACGGCAACUUCUAUGAAAGCCCUGCAUCUGACAUGGAAUUCGGUACGAUGGAUGCCGAUAAGACGAUCUGUGUCAAGCUGGAGCAUACUAGCAGACUGGACGACAGACAAUACGCCUUCCUCCAGUCCGCGAUCCUCUACACUACAGUCACCGGCGAGCGCCGCGUGCGAGUACAUAACCUCGCACUGCGUGUGGUUUCUCUUGCUGGUAACGUGUUUCAGUAUGCCGAUAUGGAUGCGGCUGUGUCGUACAUCAUUCGAGAAGCGAUUUCCAAACUGCAUUCUACUCGGAUAACUCAGAUUCAGGAAUCUCUGACGGAGCGAUGUGCGCUGAUCCUUUACGCUUAUCGGAAGUUUUGCGCCGCGGCCGCCGCUCCAACCCAACUCAUUCUCCCGGAAGCCUUCCGGUCCCUCCCGUUGUACAUUUUAGCCAUGAUGAAGACAAAGCCCCUCAAAGGUCGGAAUGUGACUGCGGACGUGCGGAAUUAUUACGCGCAUAAGAUCUCCGCCAUGAGCGUACGGAGCAUCAUUCACCACCUCUAUCCCCGGAUGCUUGCGGUUCAUGAUCUUGACGACAAAAUUGCGCUACCGGAUGGGAACGGGCGGAUCGACUUACCGUCGCUCAUGCGCGACAGUCACCUGUUCAUGGAGUCACACGGGGUAUACCUCAUCGACAAUGAGGAUUCGAUGAUGCUAUGGGUUGGGUCCAGUGUGUCACCACAGGUGUUGAAGGAUCUACUCGACGUUGACGAGGUCUUCAAUGUCGACCCCCGGAUGCUCUACCUCCCGCACCUGCAGACGCAGCUGUCGACACAAGUGCGCAAUAUCUUGGCGCAUCGCUUCUCCCAAAGAGGCUAUACGCCGAGGUUCACGCUCACCCGUCAGAACAUGGACGGGAGUGAGAUCGAAUUCAGCGACAUGCUCGUUGAGGACCAGAAUAAUGCUGCAAUGUCAUACUUGGACUAUUUAUGUUUAGUGCACAAACAGAUACACUCAGCACUCACUACGGGUGCGUCCAUAGCAAACAACAGCGGGUUUCGAUCUAUGCCCUGGUAAAGCUAGGGGGUCUAUGUAUUCGUCAUAUCAGCGAAGGAACAAUUCGUGUACGCAUCGACCUCAGGACUCUCAAGGAUGGGGCGAUGUUGCAAAAUGACUAUGUGUUUUUUUUGGCUAGAGCAAUUGACUAUACCAUGGUUGUAGCUGUUGUAGUGAUGGCUCUCAUGCCCGCUAGGCCAACUCGACACAGC